AUAUGGAAGAAACACUAGCUACAAAUUAGACUCUAAUUGAAAGUAAAAUAUUUUUUUUAUAGUAGUAGUAUUUAAAGAUAGUAAUACUGAAUCAAAAACAAUAUGUUUUUAUAACUUUAUGAUCAUUUCUAAUAAUAAAAGUAAAUGGGGCAUAAUUGAAGAAGCAAAAAAGAAUGAUAUGGCUAUUUUAAAUGAAUAAAUAGAAACUACAAAGGAAAUUGAAAAAAUUAUUGAUGAAGAUGAUCAUCGAACUGUUUUGCAUUAUCUAGCAUUAAACCAAAAUACAUUUAUUUUUAUAAAACUUUUGAGGAAAUAUGAUGAGUCUUAAAACAAAGAAUGGUUAUAAAAAAAAGACAAAUAUGGUCUAGAAGCUAUUCAUUAUUUCAUUUACAAAGGUAAGGUGGAUGUACUAAAUCAUAUCUCUCCAAUUUAUAAACCUAAAAAUUUAUUAGGAAUGGCUGCAAUUUAAAAUGAUAUUAUGUCAAUGAUUAUUCUUAAGGAAAAAAUGGAAGAAUCAGAAAAAAUAUCAGAUGCAUAUCAAAAUAAUGUUACACCCUUGCAUUUAGUUUGUUAAUCUAAAAGUGAUUAUGCAGCUUUAGUUUUAAUGAAAUGGAAACAUCCUUUAAAUGUAAAAGACUCUCAAGGAAAUACACCUUUACAUAUUGCAGCAAAUAAUGGUAGUUAUAAAUUAAUAAGAAAACUAAUUCAAAGAGGAGGCAGCAUUAGUGUUAAAAAUAAUAAUAACUAGUUACCAAUGGAUUUAGCAAAAGAUGAAUAAACUAUUGAAGCUUUAAAAUCUUUUCGAUUUUCUUGGAAAUCUUUAUUACUUAAACUAAAUAUUAAACCAAGUAUUAAAAACUUAUAUUUAGGAAAAAGAUCUCCUGUUCAAACAUUUAUUUUUCUCUUCUUUUUUUCAUUAGCAAAUGCUGGAACUAUUUUCUUAGCUUAUAAUUCACUAUAUGUUGAUCAAAUUACAGGAAAUCUUAUAUUUAUUAUUGUAAUCUCAUCACUAUGUUUCCUUAGUUAUAUAUUGGUUUCAUAUUCAAAUCCUGGUUAUGCUAAGAUGAAAGAUGAGUAUAUUUUAAAAUUAAGAUUAGAAAAAACCUGAAAGAAAUAUUAUAGUAAUUUUAAUCAUUUGAGAUUUGUUAUGAUUGCUUUAUUAAACCUCCAAAUAGAUCAAAACAUUGUGAAUUUUGUAAGAGGUGUGUAAUUUUAUAUGAUCAUCAUUGUCCUUGGAUUAAUAAUUGUGUAAAAAAUUAAAUAAUUUCAGGUAGGAAAGGAUAAUUAAUCCCUAUUUUAUCUUUUUCUAUUUUUUUUAGUUGUUGAUUUUAUUCUAUUAGUUGUUCUUGGUAUUUUUGCAUUAUUAAGCGAAGCAUCAAAUAAUUAGAAUACAAGUUUUAUAAUUUUAAUAGUUCUUACUGCGAUAGAAUUUUUGUUUUUGUUUCCAUUGAUAAAUUUGAUUGUUACAUAAAUUCUAAAUAAUUUUUAUGGUUUAACUACAUAUGAAAGAUUAAUAUUAGGAAAACCACUUACCAAAAAAAGAGAGUCCAUAAUUAAUAAAAUAUCUGCAUAAGAUGAAAAUGAGAAGUGA